AUGUUAAUAUAUUUCAGUCUGUAUCCGGACUGUCCCGUUCCACUGCUCAUCUACUGUAUCUGCCCAACAUCACAGAAAUUCCUGUAGCAUUAUGGAGCUGAUUUUGUGGACGCUUACUUUACUUUCGUUUUCAUGUCUGAUAGAGGCCAAGCAGAAAGACUUUUACACAUUUAAGCUGGUAAACAGCAGAGGGAGGUUAGUUUCUCUGGAGAAAUACAGAGGGUCGGUCUCAUUGGUUGUGAAUGUGGCCAGUGAGUGUGGAUACACAGAUGAACACUACAAAGAUCUCCAGCAGUUGCAAAAAGAUUUCGGGCCCUUUCAUUUCAACGUGCUGGCUUUCCCCUGCAACCAGUUCGGCCAGCAGGAGCCCGGCAGCGAUAAAGAGAUCGACAGUUAUGUGCGACGAGUCUACGGGGUUUCCUUUCCCAUGUUUAGCAAGAUUGCUGUGGUCGGUGUAGGAGCCAAUAAUGCUUACAAGUACCUUGUGGAGGCGUCGGGUAAAGAGCCAACGUGGAACUUUUGGAAGUACCUCAUUGACACUGAUGGUAAAGUGGUUGAUGCUUGGGGUCCUGAUGUCUCCGUGAAGGAAAUUCGCCCGCGGAUAGCAGAUAUGGUUCGAAAGCUUAUCAUCAAGAGGAAGGAGGAGCUGUAGUUCACUUAAGAGAAACUCUGAAAGAUGUCAACGCUCAGACCUCAGAAAUUGAUUUCUUUAAAGAAACAGGUGCCAAUGAAAGCACAAAGUUUGAGAUCAGUUCAGUGCAAGCCAGAUUUUAAAUGAUCUGAGAAUGCUGCAGAUCUUUUCCCAGGUUUAUUGGAUCAUUUUUUUUCUGAUUUUUCUUUUUGAGAAGAGAAGCACUGAGGAGCACAGCAACAAAAGACCACUUUUAUUAAUAAACAACAGAAGACCACUUACACAUGCUGUGAUAUCACUGACAUACUCUACAUCUAAUAGUACAACAAUCAUACAAGAAAAAUAGAGUAACUGGGAUAAAAAAACAUUAAAAUUUGAAAAAGCAUCAAAGGUGAAACGCAGGCAAUAAUGUUUUAAAAACUAUGAUAAUGUAGUAUAUUCAUACAUUUAAAUUAAUCAUUUUAAAAGUAACACCUCUCCCUAACAAGCCUUACAAGGUGAAAACAUCAUUUAUACCCAAAAAUAUUUUGUCUAUAAAAGUUAAGACGAUACAAGUUAAUCAAGGACAUGCACAAAUCUUUUUGUUCAUUCUGCACAGAGAUAUUCAAGACCAAACAGUUUAACCAUCACUAUUUGCAACAUUUUGUUUCUUUCUUCAUGACUGUCCUCUAAAUCAACUCGAAUCGUGACUGGGUAGCAAACGUUAAACAUUUUAUCAAUUCAAGUAUGCAGAAUGUGUGACUAUUAAUUAAAGUAAGAGGCUAUAUUAAAUCUGUUUCUGUCCUCUUUUACAGUUUGAUUCAAGUUAUGCAAAAUUUUACUUGCACAUACUUUGAAUGUUUUUUGCUCAAGUGUCUCUCACUAAAAUCUUCUCGUAUCAACCGAAAGCCUGAGCAGUAUGUAUAUUAACACUCACAGUGAGAAUUGCAUUGAGACUGAACGGCAAAAUAUCUAAAUGCCAAGGUCCCAAGGUCUCCUGUUUCUGACAAAUAAAUCACACCAUCACAGCAA